AGACUCAGCCCCUCCCACCCCACAGUUCCCCUGACCCCGACACUCCCUGGGGACCCACUGAGCCCCAGAGGAUCCCCGGUGCAACUCGUGGCCUCGGGCUGGUGCCAUGGACGCCUUCAUCCGCUUCACCAACCAGACCCAGGGCCGGGAUCGACUCUUCAGAGCCACUCAAUACACAUGCAUGUUGCUUAGAUAUUUGUUAGAGCCUAAAGCUGGCAAAGAGAAGGUGGUAAUGAAGCUCAAGAAACUGGAGUCCAGUGUGAGCACUGGCCGUAAAUGGUUCCGAUUAGGCAAUGUGGUACAUGCUAUCCAGUCAACUGAGCAGAGCAUCCAUGCCACCGACCCAGUGUCCCGCUUAUGCUUAACAUUAGCCAACCUGAACCGUGUGGUUUAUUUCAUCUGUGACACCAUACUCUGGGUGAGAAGUGUGGGUCUCGCCGUGGGCAUCAACAAAGAGAAGUGGCAGACAUGGGCCACCCGCCACUACUACUAUUUUCUCCUACUGAGUCUGAUCAGGGAUCUGUAUGAAAUCUCCCUGCAGAUGGGACAGCUUGCUCAUGACAGGGCAAAGAGAGAGAAGUCAUCCCAGAAUUCUUUUGGGUACAGCUUGGCUGAUGAAGAAACAGAAUGGCUUUUAUUUCGAUCUCUGAAGCAGCAUCCUCCCUUGCUUCUGGACACAGUGAAGAACUUCUGUGACAUCCUGAUCCCUUUGGACCAGAUGGGGAUCUAUAGGUCCAACCCAGGCAUCAUUGGGCUUGGAGGUCUCAUAUCCUCUGUAGCAGGUAUCAUCACUGUGGCCUAUCCUCAGAUGAAGCUGAAGAUCCUCUAGGGUGUUUGUAGGCUAAGGACCAGAGACUAUUUAAAUACGACAGCUUCAUGAAACAAAUAUUUUCCUUGAUCACAAAUCAUGUCAUACUGUGCUUAUGUUUUUUUUGUUCACGUGAACAUUUAUGAUCCGUAAUGUGAGCAGAGGUGGGGCCAAGAAUGGAGCUUGAGGAUUUAUGGUGUUUUUAGAGUACUGGAAUGACUUCUGAAUUUCUGAAUAUUUUCCCUUCACCUAACAUUUACUGAGCAUCCCUUAUGUGCAUAGUAAGCACUUAGCGUUUGCUGCAUGAAUAAAAAUUGAAAAAGACCCAAUCUAAUAAGUGAACACUAAUACAUGUAUGGAUUGGGUUGUAUGGAUUAUUGGUUUCACGUGAUUAUCAUGGAUCUGAUGCACAGCACCUUCAGAUCUGAUAGCAGACCACUUUUUUCCCAUCAGCUGUACCCCACUCCAUAGGUGUCAGUAGCAAGAUGGUGGGGAGCUGGGCUGAUAGGCUCCUCACCUGUUAGCCUUGACCAUCACAGUACUUUUGUCCUUGUAUUCAGAAGUAGACUCAGAAACACAGGCAUCUUCCUGGUGUAAAGGUGUCUGUGGGGAGAAUUCUUUCCAUAAGGCAAUGAGUAAGCAAAAUUCAGAAGUAAACAGAAGGGAAAAAUAGGUGGAAGGUUACAUCCUGCCUCUUACGUAGAUUGUGACUGAUAAGAAAAUUGACACUGAAAAAAAGCAAAUAAAACCCAGGUCAGCACACUCCUUUGAUUCCCUUUCUAGUGUGCUUUCCAUGACAUCUCAUUGCCUUCAUGAUUGAGUACAAGUGUGAGACUCCAGAAUCCUGUGCUUUUUACCUCUUACCCUUCUCAAAUUUGGAACUUUUGAUAAUGGUUUAUAUUUCAUCCUACAAAACUAAACCUACCUAGACCUAUCAUCCAGAUUGUUUUUAUUUAAAGCCAUAAUGUGGGCAAUUCCACAUUAAUUUUCAUCAAGAUGCAGUUUAAAAUUUCAUGAUUACUCUUGUAAAUGUAGGAAAGACAUAAUUUACUUAUUCUUAGGGUCAUUGCGGGAGGUAUGAAGGAGCAGUAAGGGACCAGUAAAAAGGACUUGGGAACAUUGAGUCAGAAGCAUUUACUUGUGUUCCUACUUUCCAUCUUGGGUUAUCUUAUUUGUGAAUUCAGAUUCUUUAGUUUGAGGGAAGAGAGGUGGAGAGAUAGGGUGCUAGUACAUAGGAGGCCAAGGCCAACACUACCAGUAAAGCCAUGUCAUUCAUCUAAAUGUAAAUGAGAAAAGAACUAUGCACUAAGUAAGUUUCCCAUAAAUGUGAUUGAGAUUUUUGAAAAGUAGACUCAGAUCCUUGGCUCUCUGUUAUUUGUGUAUGUGUCGUGUGGUAGGGAUGCUGGGAUGCCAGGGAUUGAUCGAUCCCAGAGUAUUGUACAUGCUAGGAAGCACUCUACCACUGAGCCACAUCCCCAACCCUUUUUAUUUUUUAUUUUGAGACAGGGUCUUGCAAACUUUCCCAGGUUGGCUUCAAACUUCUGAUUCUCCUUCUUCAGCCUAUCAAGUAGGGAUUACAAGUGUGUGCCAGUGCACCCAGUGACUGGCUGUUUUUAAUCUGAUCCAUAAAGAUAGGAGGUUUGAGGUGGGCAUGGUGGUGCACACCUGUAAUCCCAGCAGCUCAGGAGACGGAGGCAGGAGAAUCACAAGUUUGAGGCCAGCCUCAGCAACUCAGCAAGGACCUAAGCAACUUAGUGAGACCCUGCCUCAAAAUAAAAUAUAAAAAGGACUGGGAUGUGGCUUAGUGGUUAAGUACCCCUGGGUUUGAUCCCUGGUACCAAACAAAAAAAGGUUUGAGAAAGAAUAUUUUGGAAAUUUUAAGAGAAAUGAGAGCUACUAAAGCAGGGCAAAUAAAAAAGUUUAAGUGUUUUUUAAUCUUGUCCAGAUUCUUUAAGAGAUUAAUUAUGUUCAAUAAAUUUCUAGACAAAACUGA